AUGCGACAUGCGAUCAGCCACCGUCUAAGCCCCCAACCUGCUGGCGGCGGCAAACAGGCGGGCCGGAAAGCGGAAAAUGGAGCGAUCGAGCAAGGUCCCGCCCGCGCAUUUUCAGGCGCAGACUUGCCAACCGAUUCGCACAACGUUCCCUUCUGCGUUCUCGUACCACAGCGAACGAUGCCACCCAGGUUCACACACAGAACAAAGAAAGCGGGCUUGACGUUCGACGUCGGACAAGUCGAACAGUCUUUCCAACGCGUGGUCGACAAUGAAUACAUCACGGAGUACGCUCUUGUAUACACAACGUCUGUCCUCGAAGCAAUCACAAGGGCAAUUAUUGAGCGUGCAGGCAACAUCGCUCAUGAGUUUAAUCACAAGAGGCUGGAGUCGUUUCACAUUCAGCUCGCUAUUCGCACGGACGCGCCGCUCAACACCCUCGUAAAAGAAACAUACGCUGAUGAACCUCGACAUGAAAUGCUGCCUCCUGCGUUGCCCGUGCCCAGUGUUCCAAAGCUAUCCGAAAGUGGUGGCGAGCUGUAA